AUGUCGCAUUUCGGAAGAUCUGGGCCGCCGGAUAUCAGAGACACCUUUUCUCUUCUCGUUCUCAACAUCACUUUCCGUACGACUGCUGAUGACUUGUUCCCCCUCUUCGAUAAGUAUGGAAAAGUUGUUGAUGUUUUCAUCCCGAGAGACCGAAGCUGCGAAGUGAUAGUCAAUAUUGUUGUAGAUCGGUUGUUGAUGCACUUCUUGCUCGUAGCUAUAGAAACUGAUGCUCUGCUGGUUUUGAUGAAUGGUUUGGUAGCUGUUUUGUAUCUGGGUGCCGUGGAUGUGCUUUGUUCACAAUUGCCUCUUGUUGGGAUGAAAUUGCAGUGUGACUAA